AUGGGACGCCAAUCAUUAGCCGAAGACAUUUACGAUAAUGAGUCUAAAAUCAACUUUGGCGUACCGGAUAGCGUCCGAAGCGAGGAUGAUAUGACACGCAACCUAGCACUGGGGAGCACAAUCCAACUAUUUGAGAGCGAACCCUCAGCGGAAGAACAACAACGACGAUUCGAAGUGCGAGAAUGGCUGGUUUUUAUCUGUAUCGUUAUCCUGGCAAUGAUGGAUUCAUUCAAUACGACCGUCUUGAUCCCAGCAUUACCUAACCUGGCAAACACAUUCGGAAAGCCACUAGCAAGCACAUUCUGGGUCAACACGAUAUACCUCAUUUUCAGUGCAAGCAGCCAACUCUACUUCACAAUGGUAUGCGAAGUCUUCAACCACGGACCAGUAUGGAUCAUUGCCGUGGUUCUCGCAACAAUCGGCACAGGGAUCUGCUGCGGCUCCAUGAGUCUCGCGGAACUAAUUAUCGGCCGUAUGAUUCAGGGUAUUGGCGGCGGCGGCGCAAUGAGUCUAUGCUCCUUGGUAAUGACGGAGACGGCGCCUGAAUCCAUGCACUCACGGUAUUCGUGCUAUAUCCUGCUGACGCGCAUGUGCGGCGGCAUUCUGGGCCCCGUUAUCGGAGGUCUGUUCGUUGAUAACGCCGACUGGAGGUGGGCGUUCUAUUUCAAUUUUAUCUUCUGCUCGCUUGGUUUGCUGGCUAUUCCGUUUGCUGUGGAUCUUCGUGCAUUGAAAUACAUCCCGCUGCGCAAAUUGCGCGUUUCGGAUUGGACGGGUACUACUUUGGCCAUUUUGGGUCUUGGGACUAUCCUGGUCGGUCUUUCUUGCGGUGGGAGCUUGUAUCGCUGGAGGGACUGGCAGACGUUUGUGCCACUUGUGGUUGGGGGUGUGAUUCUUCUUGUGUUUCUCUUUUAUGAGUCCAAGUGGGCUCUACAUCCGCAGUUUGGGAGGAGGGUAUUCCGGUCGAGGAUGAUGGCUAUGACACAUAUAGGGUGCUUUUUGCAUGGCUUUGUGGUCUUUGCUCAUUUGCAAUUCUUCCCAUUGUAUUUUAUUUCCACUCAUUACAUGUCCGCCACUCUGUCAGGCGUGAGCUUGUUGGCCAUGGUUGGGCUCGCGAUUGCGCCGGCUACGGUGGUUGGUGUCAUUCUCGCCAGAGAGUUAAGAUGUACCCAGUGGAUCAUCUCUGGUGGUUGGGGCUUGACUGCCCUUGCGAGUGGAUGCUCUAUCCUCUUGGAUAACACCACGCCGACCGUAGCAUGGGUAUUUUUGCUCUUCACAGCAGGCCUUGGGCAUGGUCUCUUGCUUUCGAGUUACAAUGUGCGCAUCCAGAAUCUGCCCAAAGAUGAGGGUUGCUCCCUGUCGACUCUGCCAACAACCGUGUCAGACUACAUGCGAGCUUGGGGUAUGGCAGUCGCGGUCCCUGUCGGGGGAGUUAUGUUUUUGAACUGCUUUGGCAAUGGACUUGCAAGUGUUGAGCUGAAUCGAGACAUAAUAAACACCGCCAACGGAUAUAUCAUUCUAAUGAAGGAUGUGAGCAUGACCAGUGAACAGAGAGAGGCGGUUAAAAUUGUUUCGGUUGCUGCGUUUCAAGCGGUAUGGGAUUUCAUCACCGGCGUGGCUAUCCUCGGGGGAAUUUCGUCUGGAUUCCUGUGGCGAAAAGUGGGAAUGUGA